CCCUGGCAACCCUGGACAAAUCGACUCCACAAAAAGCGAGUCCGAAUUCGCACCAAGUGCCACCGCAAGUUUAAUGGUUGUCAUCGCCCCCUAAAAACGCUAAAAUUGUCGGUAAAUCGGUCCGAUUUCGGUAGUGUAUCGGCGUCCGGUUUGUUUCGCCAUCGAUGUCCGCCAGCGGGAGUGUGUGUUUACGGUGCUGAAAGUGAAUUUUCCGGCGGAAAAAUGAUGGAAACUGAGGAAGCAACAACAUCCGCCACCACCAACAACAUCAAUAGCAGCAGCAGCAGCAGUAGCAGUAGCAACAUUGAUGCGGGUAGCAAAGGAGCGGGGGAUGGCGACAGUGGUGGUAGAGGAAGUACUAAUGGCCGGAUAGAAGCUCCGGGGAUGACGGCGGGGCCCCAGCCAGUGGGGGCACUUUGUCGUGUGUGUAUGUUUGAUGGGCGUCCGGGGGAUGGUCGGGCUCCAUUGGAAUCGCUGUUCCGGACGACGGUGGAAUCGAAGACGCUCUAUGCAAUGCUGGUCUGUGUAUGUUCGCCCUUGGCGCAAGCCAAUAAUGAUGGAAUGCCAGAUAAAAUAUGCGCGGGGUGUAAAACAAAGCUGGUCCAGGCGUAUAAGCUUUACGAAAUGUGUAUGAAAAGUGACGAAAGAAUUCGAAAACUUCUGAAAACUCAAGCGCAGUUCGGAGGAGUACUAAUUAAGCAGGAAGUGAUUGACGACGAAGAUGAUGAUGUUGAAUUAACCAAUGUUGAUCCGUAUUACGAUGGCCAGGUUAAACAAGACCCUUACGAUCAGGACAAUUGGUUCGAUGGCCAGUUCUACGGAGCGGCCUUAGCUCAAACCAUUCACAGUACUCCGAAUUUGCGGAUACAAUCUGUGCGGAAUGGACCCGAAGUACUGGUUCAGCUGCAGGAACACAACUUCCCGACGAUAAUUACUCCUCCGAAACCUGUUUUCCAAUGUGAGAAAUACGUAAAAGUCACCCCCAAAGGUCAUCAUUGCACCCUUUGUGGCAAAGAUUUCAAGUAUUUCAGCUACUUCAAGCAACAUGCCCUGGCGCAGCAUGACCCAGAAAAGCCAUUCAAAUGUGAGCAGUGCAAGUAUACCUUCAAGACCGAACAGCGAUUGUUCAUUCACAUGAGGACACACAUUGAGCCUGAACUUCCGCCUGUCUCGGAAAGGAUCAUUCUUCCGGAAACGGAAUUGCUGGAAACCGAACCGGAUUUGGAUCAUCACGACACGGAUGACCUGAACGAAGAGGAGCGGAAGGAUCUCUCGAUUUCCAUCAAUCCAGAUACCGGGGAGAAGGUCUACAAGUGUCUCAUUUGUCAGAAGCAGUUGACCACCUUACCCCUGUAUCAGCGGCAUCGAACGGUCCACACCGUUCGAGGGCGUCCCUUUGAGUGCGAAAUUUGCCACUACCGGUUUGCCAUGAAAUUUAGCUACAAUGCUCACAUGCUUCGCCACGAGCAAGGUUUGGAUCCCGCUCAACCUGCCUCCUACAAAUGUACCGAAUGCGACGAAAGUUUCCCCAAGCGGAAGCUUCUGAACAUCCACAUGGUGGCGGAACACGACACAUCUUCGGAAGAGCCCCUCAACAAGACCGCUCCGGCGGCCAUCCUGACCACUAGCAUCAUCGAAGGCCGGGGCGGUCAUAUUUGUCCAAUUUGCUCGGAAACGUUCAAUCGCGAAUCGGUCCUAAACAAUCACAUGAAAACCCACGAGCUGGAAGCUGCCCAAUUAAAACAUUCGGAAAUCUGCUACGCCUGCACAGUCUGCGGCGUAGAAUGUGAGUCCCGCGAAAACUUCGAUGUCCACAUCAAAACCCACGAGGGUUUUCAAGCUGCAAAUGACCAACCGAACUCAUCCUCCACCGAACCGGUCGAUCUCAGUGACGACGAGCAAGCGCCGCCACAAAACGGUGCCCCGGAAGACCCCCUCAGCAUCACACCCACACCCAAGCCAUCGUCCGAAGGCGGCAGUGGCGGUAAACCGGCCGUCCGUUGCGAACUCUGCCACAAGACAUUCCCCUAUGCUUGCAAUCUCAAGCAGCACAAAAUCAUCCACCAUUCGGAGCUCAAACCGCACGAGUGCCGCAUUUGCCACUACCGCUUCGAGUACGAGGGCACCCUGAUGCGGCACAUGCAGAAACAUUCCCAAUCGGAACAGAAUGCCCAAUCGAUGCAGGUCCCCCCGCCCUCGGCACCCGCAGCACACGCCGAAGAAAUCACCGCCCCGCCGGGGGCCACCCUGGUCUACAAGUGCAAACUGUGCUCCGCCCGGUUCCAGAAGCAAAAGUCAAUGACCUGGCACUUGAAAACCCACCGGUCCAUUGUGGCCGCCAACGAGGGCGGUUCGGUUCAGGAUCUGGACCAGAGCAUGCACUCGCCGACGCCGAAAGGGUCGCAAGCGGCUUCCUCACCGCUUCCCUCGGGAGAUGCAUCCUUUUCGACGGGGGCCACAAAAACGGGAACACCCAAGAUGUACAAGUGUGGUUACUGCCCGCAGAACCUUGACUCAGAGGAUGCAUACUAUCAUCACAUGAAAGGUCACCGUGUACGAUCGGAUCCCACCGAUCCUCUACAGGACGACAGCGAAAGCCCCCCGUCGAAGAAGAAACGGGCCUGGGUGCGGUCCGGAGAUCACCACAGAUGUCACCUCUGCAAAAAGGUAUUCACUUUCCGCAGUCAGCUGCAGCAACACACAGCUCUACAUCACCAACCCGGAAAGCCGUACGAAUGCGGCAAAUGCCACUACAGUUUCGUACACAAACUUAAUCUCAAACGGCACGAACUGACCCACUUGGAGGAGGAACGACUGGACGAGGACGAAGAUCCCAUCAAGCUGUUGGAGGAUGAAAACUUCAAUGCUAACCUGGACGAAAUGGUCGAACCGGUUCUCGAGGAAGGCAAUCCCACCAAUCCGGAGGGCAGCGAAACUCAGUCCUCGACCGGGGAGACAACCGGCCCCACGAAACGGAACAAAUGCGUGGUCUGCUCGGCACUGUUCCAACGGGAGGAUCAGCUCAUCGAACAUCUGAAGACUCACAUCGAGCGCAUCAAGGUGACCAAGCAGGAAACGCAGUCCGCCAAGAAGAUUUUCAGCGACGACAGCGAUCGCAAGUGCAAGCUUUGUCAGAAGGUGUUCAAGUUCUCCUGCCAGCUGAAGCAGCACGUCCAGAUGCAUCACUCCAAAGAUAAGCCGUUCGAGUGCAACAUUUGCAAGUAUCGUUUCGAAUUUAAGGGUCAUAUGAUCCGCCACAAAGCGAACAAUCACGCCGACGAGGUAGCUGCCGAAGAAGCGGAAUCCGAGGAGCUUCCUUCGAAGAUCACUACACCCGUGGUGAACUCCGAUGGUGCCGAAGUGUACCAGUGUCCCGUGUGUCCGAUGAACUUCAUCAAACAGCGGUCGCUAACCUGGCAUCUGAAAACUCACUCCGGCCGAAAGCCAAAGCUGGAACCUAACGACGGAUACCCAUCGACGUCAUCCGGCGAGGUAAUGCAGUGCCGUUUUUGCUCCCGUACCUUCCGGGAUGUGUACGAGUUGAAGGCUCACAUGGCGACGCACGUCGGUGGAGCGGGGGGAGCUCAUAAUGCAUCCUCGGUAGAUUCCGAGCACUCUUUGUUUGGUUCUGGUUUGGAAAUGAUGUUGCAGGAUUUCCCGGAUACGAUGGAUAACCACGGUGGUGAUCCACUGUUUGAUGCCUCGAAUCUAGAGCUGGUACUGGAGGAUGGUUUCGGCAACGAUGAUCUCGAUUUUAAUGUGCGCUACCAUGAUAGUCCUCCUCUUCCCCCGGCCAAGCGUAGUCUUCCGGCGAACGAGAGCGCAAGCUCGGUAUACGACGUUGCGGAACCGGGAGCAUCAACCACUCCGGCCAAGGGGAAAAUCAUUUGCGAAUUGUGCAAAAAAGAUUUCCUCUAUGCUUGCAAUCUAAAGCAACACAUGCAGCUUCAUCACGCCAAGGAGAAACCGUUCGAGUGCAAGAUCUGCUUCUAUCGGUUCGAGUACAGUGGGCACUUGGUGCGGCAUGUCCGUCAAAAUCACGACAGCCAGGGCGAUGGCGGCGUAGGGGAGACGGCCGAUAAAAGCUUCGUUUGCACUUUCUGUUCGGAACUAUUUGAAUCUAAGAGUCAACUAAACGGACACAUCUACAAUUUCCACAGAGGUGAAAAGCAGUUCAAGUGCGAAUUUUGCCCAGCAUCGUUCUCCUAUAAGAAAUCAUAUGAUACGCAUAGAGAAGAUCAUCAUUCAAAUAAACGAACGGAAUCAGAUCCAACAGUGACCGCAUCUACAUCAACCGGAAACGCCACUCCUUCUAGUUUCUCGUGCAACUUCUGCAAGAAAAAAUUCAGCUCGGCACAGAAAGUGGACAACCACGUGUGCUUUCAAUAGGAGUGGUUCAUGCGUGGGUACCGGUAGAAUGAAUGGAUUUCUCAAGAUCCCACAGAAAUGUCCCAGAGAUUAGUUCGAUAGAAAUUCACAAUAGUUUCGUAACACUACAAACAUUACACAAAACAAAACAAAAAAUGAUAUAAGCUAUAAACAACUAAUUAUCCGUGUAGAACUUCUUCCCACUUGCUAGGUAACGCACUAGGGCGAUAGGAAUCAAACACGUGUUUUUAGGACGAUAGUCGACAUUUAUUAAUGCAAGCCCAACAAAGAGUAUCUCCAGUGAGGUAGUCCAUAGUACACAAUUGGAUACGUCGAAAGUGCGCGCAGUUAAACAAAAAAAAAACAAAGAAUUAGAAUGUUCUUUUUUUUAUUACAUAGUAUAUACCCCUAGCACAUAAGCCAUAUUAGUGUUUAUUGAUAAGUAGCGAUUUGUUUUAGAUCAUGUACAAUCCAUUUUAAAAUAUCCUUCCCUAGCAGCAACAAUGUUUCGCCUUUCAUUUAUCAUGUUUUCUUCGAGCGCGAUUUAGGCAAUACUUCGACGUACUAAAAGCACACAGAACAAAUUCCCCAACCACUCGCUUUUCUCGAUUUUUAGGUUGUAGGAUUAUUUAUAUUUCAUGUUCACAUUCGUCACGCAAAAGUAUUUUUAAGGUGAUUUUUAACAAAACAAAAUCUUCCCCUUAAGCAAAACCAAUUUUUGUGAUGUGUUUUUUUCAUCCUUUCUUCCGUUUUCAACUUGCAAACUCAUCGCGAGUAUUUGUCGCCUUAUUGUCGAAGUGCUUUUCAGUCACAGGAAGCAAGUAAAACACCAUAGUCUGUUUUCGGUUGAUAAGUUUGUGUCUUUUAGUUGAUUAUAGGUAAUUUGCGUUCGUGUUUUGUUUUUAACCUUCCGCCCGGGAUCGGAAACUGUUUUGGUUCGCGAUGUGGACAGAAUUUGGUAUCACUUGGAUUAAGAGUACACAAAUAUUAUUAUUAUUGAAUUAAUACUGAACAUAGAACUAACCGUUACGAUUACAAACAAUGACAGCAAAAUUAGCAAGGUGAACAUCCCAAUAAGCCCAACAUAUAAUAAAAAUAAUAUUAUUAAACCACUGUA